UCCUUCCCAGUGUUGUCGUGGCCUUCCCCAGUCUUUUCUGCUGUGUGGCUCCUCUACCCGAUCACUCCUCAUUCAUUCAGCCGGCCUUUCCCCGCGGCUCUCUCUCUACACAGCUCUACAGACCCUUCAGAAAACAUGCCUGGACCAGCAGCAAGUGCAUCCAAUGUGGGCGCCUCUGGGCGUUCUCCUAGCAAGACAGUGGCCCCUCGCGCAGCCGGCUCAACAGUCAGACAGAGGAAAGCAACUGGUGGUGGUGCACGGUCUGCAGGCAGAGCUACAGCGUCAGCAGGCACAGGUGGCAUGUGGCGCUUCUACACUGAGGACUCGCCAGGACUCAAAGUUGGACCCGUGCCAGUGCUGGUAAUGAGUCUGCUCUUCAUCGCGUCUGUCUUCAUGCUGCACAUAUGGGGAAAGUACACCCGCUCCUAAACCCCAGUGACCUUUCACCUCUGACCCCCAACAACACCUCGACGAUUAAGACUUAAGCCAUUGGACUCGGACCAAACUCUGACCCUAAACAACACCCUGAACCAUUUUCAUUUGUUUCAAUGAACAUUUCAGAGGGUUCAAAUCCACCCCCGCCCCAUCUCCAUCCUCAGCAAUGGUUUCUUACCCACUACAAGCAUCAUCUUCAUCAUUUUUUUUUUUUUUUUUAUAAACAGCUGAUCUGGAGCAGGGCAUGUAUGUAGUAUUUUUUUUUUGCUAAACUUUGUACAAACUAUUAGAACUGUACAAUAAAGAAAAUCUUGAUAUAUGCCA